CGCUCGUCUCGGAAUUAUAAAAUAUUCUAGGCGUUUUUUCCGCGACUUUUCGAGACAUUUGCGUCGUUCUCCAAAAUUUUUUCCGUCAACUCUUUCCUUUAUUUAUCACCGAGUCAUCAUCAGGGCCAUACGACGAAUUAUUAUUAACCAGUCAGUUAGCCAACUGCUAUCGGAAGCGCGAACGAAGGUAUACCCGGCGUAUCUACAGUGCAAAUCGUGACGAAGCGAUCUCGCGGCAACAGCGAGAGAGAAGUCCAAUGUCCCACCCACGCUCGGAACGGAUCAUACUCCGGUCGUGAUCAACGGUGAUGAAACAUGUGCGUAUGUAAAUCAUCGAGCAUAAGACGUGCACAUCUGGCCUGAACGCGUGCGUGACGCCGCAUCUAUCAUCUAUCGGCAGAGCAGGAUCGGACUCCGGAUGGUGGAGGAUGCCUGCGUCAUCGUGUACCAUCGACGAGAUCGAUCGCGAAACAUGAUCGCGCUGUCUUGCCGUUGUUUCCUCGUUUCGUUCUCGCGUCAAUCAACGCUUUCUCGACGCUAAUAGAUUUCCCGCGAUCCUGCUCACUUUAAUGGAUGGAGAGAAAGAUUGCCAGCAGAAGAAAGGGGCUCGGAGUAGCUUCCCAUCUCAGAGCAAUGCGUCGAAUACGCCUCUCGUAUCAGGGGAAGAAACGGAUUGGGAGAGUAUGCUCAAUACCGAGAGGCAGAGAGGUGAUCUCGGGGACAUGACAUUUUGCAUGGCAAACUAUCUGAAGGAAGCUAUGAAGAUGAUGUUCAUGAUGCGCAGUCAUCAUAUGCUGACUGAUGUAAUACUUGAAGUUGGUUCCGAAUUGUUUCAUGCGCAUAAAGUUAUUUUAGCAGCAGCUAGUCCCUAUUUUAAGGCAAUGUUUACAGGAGGAUUAAAAGAAUGCGAGAUGACAAGAGUAAAACUCCAAGGUGUUUGUCCAACUACAAUGGCUCGUUUAAUGUACUUUAUGUACACUGGUCAAAUAAGAGUCACUGAGAUUACAGUGUGUUCACUGCUAUCAGCAGCUACUAUGUUCCAAGUCACUAAUGUGAUAGAUGCGUGUUGUGUUUUUCUUGAAAGACAACUGGACCCCACAAAUGCGAUUGGAAUUGCCAACUUUGCUGAGCAACAUGGUUGCCAUGAUUUGUAUCAUAAGGCAAAUCAGUUCAUCGUUCAGCAUUUUAAUCAGAUAUGUCAAGAGGAGGAAUUUUUACAACUAUCUGCCAUACAGCUCGUGGCACUUGUGAGGAAAGAUGAGUUAAAUGUUCAAGAAGAAAGGGAGGUUUAUAAUGCUGUGCUGAAAUGGGUCAAAUACAACGAGGAGGCAAGGCGACCCAAGAUGGAACACAUUUUGCAUGCGGUACGCUGCCAGUAUCUCACGCCGAAUUUUCUGCGGGAACAGAUGAAGAAUUGCGACGUGCUAAAAAAGGUGCCGGCGUGUCGCGAGUAUCUAGCACAGAUUUUCAAGGACUUGACGUUACACAAGAAGCCGAUUGUCAAAGAGCGUACGCCUAAUACACGACGGGUGAUAUAUAUUGCUGGUGGUUUCUUCAAGCAUUCACUCGACGUAUUAGAGGGCUAUAACGCCGAUGAUAAGACAUGGACGCAGCACGCCAAAUUGAUCGUACCUAGAUCCGGUCUAGGUGGUGCCUUCCUCAAGGGAAUGUUCUACGCGGUUGGAGGCAGACAUAAUUCACCAGGCAGCAGGUACGACAGCGACUGGGUCGAUAGGUAUAAUCCGAUGACGGAUCAAUGGCGACCUUGCAGUCCAAUGUCGGUACCGAGAAAUAGAGUCGGAGUUGCCGUGAUGGAUGGCUUAUUGUACGCCGUAGGCGGUAGCGCGGGUGCCGAGUAUCACAAUAGCGUCGAAUGCUAUGAUCCAGAUCAGGACACAUGGACUAGUGUCAAAUCUAUGCACGUCAAGAGACUAGGCGUAGGAGUAGCAGUAGUGAAUAGAUUGCUAUACGCGAUUGGCGGCUUUGAUGGCAAAGAUCGACUCAGCUCAGUUGAGUGUUACCAUCCUGAAAACGAUGAAUGGACGAUGGUGCCGGCUAUGAAAUGCUGUCGCUCCGGAGCCGGAGUGGCCAGUCUGGGUCAGUAUAUAUACGUUAUAGGCGGAUACGACGGAAAAUCACAAUUGAAUUCAGUGGAGAGAUACGAUACAGAACGCGAUGUCUGGGAAAAUGUGAGCAGCGUUAGUAUCGCUCGCAGUGCGCUCAGUGUUACUGUCCUCGACGGCAAAUUAUACGCAAUGGGAGGAUAUGAUGGUUCGACGUUUUUAAAUAUAGUAGAAAUUUACGAUUCGAGUCAGGAUCAAUGGAUCGAAGGUGUGCCUAUGACGUCAGGGAGAUCUGGUCACGCCAGCGCGGUAUCGUACUAUCAGUGUCCCAUGCACUGCGAUCAUUUGGAUCAUAAUAUCUCGCUAGAGAAAUCGCCGUCGUGAUACAUAGACCAUAGACUGAGUUUUUUGAGUAACAUUUAAUAGCAACAAUGACAUUCUUUCAUUUAUGAAAAAGGAAUAUAAAAUUGUAAAAAACACAUCAAUCUACUCAACCGAUAUUUAAUUAACAGAACUCGACUGAUAAGUGCAUUAUGUAAUAUUAGAUGAUACGCGACAUGUGUCAUUGAACCGAAUCAAGAUGGAUUGAUUAUAAAAAUAAUGACUAGCUGACAAAAAGUGCAUUCUCAGCAAGACAAAGUAAGUUUUGCAAACUUAUUAAAGGACCAAUUUAUCGUUUCCGUUAGAAUAAAUAUGACUGUGUUACAUAUUUUAUAGCUUUAUUGUAACUUUUUAAUUAUAGGUGACUGUAAUUAAUAUAAAUAUAAAUAUAUAUAUAUAUAU